AUGAGUCUUCAAGUUUCGUAUCUCCUUUUAAAGGAAGCACUGGAGUAUCACACUUUACAAGAGGACGGCCUCAUUUCGGAUGUAAACUCCAGCAGUUAUCAGCAAGAUACCACCGUUGUUGUAGAGGAAAUUGAGGAUGUGCAAACGGAAUUUGUCUCUAGGGUAAUACUGGACGCUUCAUCCGAUAUGUAUGAGGUCAUCACAAACUUAGAGGCCAAGAAACACAGCAGGGCAUUUGAAGCUUCAGACAUACAGGAAAUGAUCAAUAUGCCAGAUUUCAUUAGUUUCCAAAGCCUGUUUGAUGCACAUGAAGAUGACAUAAGUAUCGACAGGAAUCGAAGCAUAUUGUAG